AUGGCCAACGGAAUCGCAGUCAAUGAUGAUUGUCUUGGUGUGCCGCCCCCCCGAAUCACAACACGGCAACCUUACUAUCCAGCACCUGUGGGAUACUACCAGCUAUACAACCCGGCCAACGUAGUUUGGGAAACUGAAAGCCUGAGCACUUGGUCAGAAUGGAGUGAUCAUGAUGUUCCCUGUUGCGGCUGCGAUUGCGAUUGCCAACCUGCAGUCAACGAUCGUAACUCAGGCGAUCGACGCUGUUAUAGCACCCAGAACGGGACCAGCACUUUGCCAGUGGCACAGUCUGUUCUCAACCUACAGAACUACAGAGUUGCUCCCGAGCUGGUUCCAUCUAUGACAGUCCGAAACAACUCCAACAUACAACAGAACGUACGACGAUCUCCAGAUACAACAGCUUCGGGCUACGACAUACAUGGGUACUCAUCGAUAGAAGACCUCAUUUAUCACACCGCUAAGCAACAGCGACACUUGGAUGAUGCACAGAGACGAAUUCAAGAUUGGAUCAAGAUUAUGCCUGGGCUUGUUGGAGGCGAGACAGUUCCAACAGCCGAGCAAGAGCCUGACAAGUGUGAUUGCAAGAGCUGUAAAGAUGAGCGAAAGCGAGACGCCCGGAAAGCCAGAAAGGAGAAGAAGCAUAUGCGCAAGCCAGAAAACAAGAAGAGAAGCAAGUCUAGACGAUGA